CCAGAAGACGCGACUUCUUGGAAAGCGACGUCCCUGCCUCCACUGCCCUACGUGGAAGGCCGAAGCUUUUCAAUUCCGGAAGAAGCGCGGUAGACGCUUGUUACACUCACGUCCGGUGGAAGCGGGGAGUUGAGAGCUACCCAGCGCCGCGUGCUCAGAAGCAAACAGAAAUGGCAAAAAGCCUAAGGAGCAAAUGGAAAAGAAAAAUGAGAGCAGAGAAGAGAAAGAAAAAUGCUCCCAAGGAACUGGCCAGAUUGCAGAGCAUUCUGAAAGCCAACAGUGAUGUUGUAAUGGAUGAAGUGAAGGAAGUAGUAACUGUGGUUCCUGCUGAGAAAAUCUUAGAGAAAAGGGAUUCAGAUGAUGGAAGUAAGAUGGACAUGGAUGUUAAAAGAAAUCAGAAAACUCUUCUAGAUCAACAUGGACAAUAUCCAAUAUGGAUGAAUCCCAGGCAGAGAAAAAAGCUAAAGACAAAACGUGUCAAAGGAAAAAAUAAGUCUAAAGCACCAAAAGGAUUAAAGUGGUAGACUCUGGUAAAUGUUAAGAAAUAAAAGUGGGGGGGGGAGAACUUAGUGGUUUAUUUCUUCAGUCCUAAGGAUUAUCUUUGUACAAAUGGAACUAUAAUUAUGUUAGAAUUAAACAUAGUUACCAUCCGAUGGCAACCAAAUUUCUAUCAAAUGCUUUAAAAUUUAGUUGUUUUAGCGGUACAGAAAAGCAAAUGUGUUAAUCAGGUGUAGCAAAAAAAAAAAAAACAGCUGAGUUUUCAAGGUCUUAAAAAAAAGAAUCCUUUUAUAAAAUAACGUAUCAUGAGUCAGUCUUUAUAUGUUUGUUCACUAGUAAUUCUUUAAUGAUCUACAAAAUUCUUGCCCAUUCAUUUCAGUGAAACUUCAGAUUUCAGUUCCAACUGAUUGUUGGAUUAUUCUCAAUAGAACUAAAUACUUCAGUUUUGAGCCUAUUGCAACAAUUUCAAAUGUAUCUGGCAGAAAUAUACUUAUUUUGUUCUCAUUUCUCAUUCUUAAAUAUCUUUUAAAAUCUGUUAAUAUUUAAUUUAAUAUCUAAUACUAAUAAAGCCAAAGUCAACAUAGUAGGGCAUCGAAGUGUUAAUAAUAAAUAAAUACCUUUGGAAUGCCCCUGAUUUUCAGGGGGAAGUUUUGUGUAAAGUAUAUAGUAUAGCCAAAUAUAAGUAUAUGUCCUCAAGUUCUGUUUUGUUCUGGCUUAGCAAUAAUGGAUACAUCUGGAGCUUUAUUUUUCCUUUCAAAAGAAUAAGACUAAAGUGCAACCUCAGGCAUUCUUUCCUGAAGGGACAUCCUUGGAGAAUUCAGUGCAGUGUGUUUUUGAGCAGAGUUUUACAGGGCUAUUUUGUAACGUCAUAGUUCUGUACAAAUGUACAGGUGGGGGGAAGUCUAGCCAAUUUAAUUGGAAUUACAAAUAAGCUUAAUAUUGGAGUAUAAAAUGUUUAGAUUUUAAAGGAGAGAUUUCAGAUUUUCUUAGAUAAUAUUGGUAUGUUUACUAUUAAUUUUGAAUAAAUGUAAUGUGAAAUGUAAUUGAGUUUUAUUACAUUAUGGAAUGGCUCUGUUUCUGUAUAAACAAAAGUUUCUGAAAUUUGGAGUUAGCGAUAUAAAUAGAACUAAAGAAUGUUUUAUAAAACUCUUCUAAAAACCCUCCAAAUAUAGAGCAGGCAGGACCUGAAGCUGUUGAAUAUAGUAUGAUUGGCAUAGUUCCACUUUUUUUGGCUACAUGAGGAUAUUUUCCACAUUCUGACAUUUGAUUAAUAAAAUUUUAUUAAUCGAAUUUAUAUAGCUGCCCAUCUUACCGAGGGAACUCUGAGCAGCACAAAACAAUAGAUAAAAAAUAUAAAUACAAGGAAUGCAAAUUUUAAGCCCCAGUAAUAAAUAUCUUUAAAAAACCCAAAAUACUAUACAGGUAAUCCUUGACUUACAACCACAAUUGAGCCUCAAAUUUUUGUUACUAAGUGAAACAAUUAUUAAGUGAUUUUUGCCCAUUUUAUGACCAUUCUUGCCACAGUUGAUAAAUGAAUCUGGCCUUCCCAUUGACUUUGCUUGUCAGAAGGUCAGAAAAGGUACUCACGUGACCCUGGGACAUUGCAACCGUCAUAAAUAUGAAUCAGUUGCCAAAUGUCUGAAUUUUGAUCACAUGACCGGGUGUGUGUGCACAGCAAUGGUUGUAAAUGUGAAAAACAGUCAUAAGUCACUUUUUUCAGUGCCAUUGUAACUUUAAACGGUCACUAGACGCACUGUUGUAAGUCAAGGAGUAUCUGUAAUGUACAGUCUUAUAAUUUCAAUACUUUUAGAUACCUGCUGGGAAGUGUUCUUAUAUCCCAAAACAAAUAAUAUUGCUCUAUUUAAAUAAUCAGAAAUUACCAGGACUUCCAUUUAAAUGAAGAGUAUUCCUUGUCUCUGGGCCAUGCUGGGGCAAGAGUAGCAUUUUGAGGGAUGCAAUUAAAAAUGAGCAGUCAUUUUUUAUUUAAAAAUAUAUAGGAGAUAGAGUUGAGAAAAAGUGCCUCCACUUCCAUAACUUUAAGUAGAGAUGUUUUAAAAUAUGAAACAAGAAAAUAAUUAUUGACAUAGCUGUUUCGAUACCUGCACAUAAUUUGGGUAAACACUACCAUUCACUACACAUUUCUGGUAAUGAUGCAGGAAUUUCUGAAAGGCGUUAAUAAAGAAGUCCACACAUAAUCUCCUCAACCAUAUCAUGACAAUCCUUUCCAUCUUUUUAUUUGAGUCAAACAGAUGUUCACAAAAACAUUCCUUUAAUUUGGGGAAAGGUAGAAGUUGUAUGGUGCCAUAUUUGGACUGCAUGGUGCAUGUGGUAAGAUGAUGAGCUCCAACUUCACAAUGGCCUCAUAGGUAGUUCUGAAAUGUGAUACCUAGCAUUGUCAUGUUGCAGCAAAAUUUCCUUCUUCCCAAUGUUUCAAAGUUCAGAGUGUUGAAUUGCUAAUGAUGCCCGAGUCAAAGAAAUCCAUGGUAUUAUCUGCAUUUUUUUAAAAAACCUACAACCAUGAGCUUUUGUAAUGAAACCUAGGUCUUUUUUUCAUAAAUGAAACUUUAUAAUUAUAUUUCCAUGGGUUGAUGCUUUGCUCAUAAUGAUGCCAAAUAUUGUCUUCAUCAUAAUGCUGUUAAUAAAUUCCUCACUUUCAUUCUGAUAAUGUGAUAAGAAUUGCUGGCAAAGUUGAACUCUUGAAUCUUUCCUCUCUAUGUGGUCAGCAUACAAGAAACACAUCUUGCUCAAGCUUUCCAAUAUUGAAGAACAAUAAUGUGUCCUUCAUGUUUCUGUAAAUGCCAAGCUUAAAAGCAAUUUCCUUUUGAGUGA